UAUAUUAGGCCCAACUCGCGUCAGUGCGUUUAUUGCCACGUCAAAACCAGGAGAAAGCGGAAGAUAUAUUUGCUCUGAGAGUUAGUUUGACAGUUUCAAUUUCUUUUUAUGGGAAAGCGAAGCUAAAGUGAAAGAGGGAAAAUAGAAAGGUUAGCCAAUAUUAGAAAUCAAACAGAGAAAUGUAUCUAUCGGGUGGGAUGAUGAUGAUGAAGAAUGUAAGAUUAUCUGUAAUGGGAUGGGUGAUGGUGUGGUGGUGGUGGGGUUCGUGCAUGGGGAGGUUCGUGGUUGAGAAGAAUAGCCUGCGAGUGACUUCACCCGAGUCCAUCAGAGGAAUUUAUGAAUGCGCCCUUGGCAACUUUGGUGUUCCACAGUACGGCGGAAGCAUGUCUGGCUCUGUGGUUUACCCCAAAGCUAACCAGAAGGCUUGCAAGAACUUUGAGGAUUUCGACAUCUCUUUCAGAUCUAGAGUCUCUGGAUUGCCCACAUUCGUUCUCGUCGAUCGAGGAGAUUGUUACUUCACCUUAAAGGCCUGGAACGCGCAACGAGCGGGUGCUGCGACAAUAUUGGUGGCGGAUAACAGGCCGGAGCCACUCAUCACCAUGGACGCCCCAGAGGACGAAACAGCAGAUGCGGAAUACCUGCAGAACAUCACGAUUCCUUCAGCGCUGUUGAGCAGAUCUCUAGGGAGCGCCAUCAAAACGGCCAUAGAUCAAGGAGAACCCGUCCGUAUAAGUCUGGACUGGCGGGAAGCUCUUCCACACCCGAACGACCGAGUAGCCUACGAGCUAUGGACCAACAGCAAUGAUGAGUGUGGAUCCAAGUGUGAUGCACAGAUCCGGUUCCUUAAGAGGUUCAAAGGAGCGGCUCAGAUUCUCGAGAAAGGAGGAUACACUCGCUUCACUCCCCACUACAUCACCUGGUACUGUCCUGAAGCGUUUCUAGCAAGCAGACAAUGCAAAUCGCAAUGCAUCAACGGAGGAAGGUAUUGUGCUCCUGACCCUGAGCAAGAUUUCUCCAGAGGAUACAACGGGAGAGACGUGAUCAUUCAGAAUUUACGCCAAGCUUGCUUCUUUAGAGUGAUGAAUGAAAGUGGAAAGCCUUGGAUUUGGUGGGAUUAUGUCACCGACUUCGCCAUCCGUUGUCCCAUGAAACACGAAAAGUACAACAAACAAUGCGCCGAUCAAGUUAUUCGCUCUCUUGGAGUCGAUGUGAAUAAAAUUGACAAAUGCAUUGGAGACAUCGAAGCAAACACUGAGAACCCCGUUCUCAGAGAUGAACAAGAAGCACAAGUUGGGAAAGGUUCGCGAGGAGAUGUGACAAUACUACCAACUAUUGUGAUAAACAACAGACAAUACAGAGGGAAGUUGGAGAGAUCUGCGGUUCUUAAGGCCCUUUGCUCAGGGUUCCGCGAGACGACUGAGCCACCCAUAUGCUUAACCGAAGACAUAGAAACCAACGAGUGUUUACAAAAUAAUGGAGGGUGUUGGGAGGAUAAGACUACCAACAUUACAGCUUGCAGGGACACUUUCAGAGGAAGAGUGUGUCAAUGUCCCAUUGUUCAAGGUGUCAAAUUUUUGGGUGACGGUUACACACAUUGUGAAGCGUCAGGGGCAUUGCGUUGUGGGAUAAACAAUGGAGGAUGCUGGAAACAUACCCAAAUGGGAAGAACAUAUUCGGCUUGCCGUGAUGAUCAUUCGAAAGGCUGCAAAUGUCCACCUGGAUUCAAGGGAGAUGGGCUGAAAAACUGCGAAGAUGUGAAUGAGUGUGAAGAGAAAACAGCGUGCCAAUGUCGCGGCUGCAAAUGCAAGAACACAUGGGGAAGCUAUGAAUGCAGCUGCAGCGGAAGCCUGCUUUACAUCAGAGAGCACGACAUUUGCAUAAGUAAGGAUGCAAGAGGAGACGUAAGCUGGGGGGUGAUAUGGAUAAUACUAAUGGGUUUGGGAGCAGCUGCUUUGGGAGCUUACACGGUUUACAAAUACAGAAUCCGGACAUACAUGGACUCAGAGAUAAGAGCGAUAAUGGCGCAAUACAUGCCUCUCGAUAACCAUCCCAACACUCAACCUUCUUCUCAGCUUGAGUUGUAAGAACAAAGGCUUCACUCAUUGCAGCUUCAAACUUCAAGCCUUAAUUUGAUCAUAUAUAUAGGGUUCUCUUACGUUUAAUUUAGCCAUUGUGGGAAGUCCUUUUAUGCUACUUACUGUUUUUAUAUCAUAGAUGCUAUAAAACUAUACUGGCCAGGUGCAUCCGAUAGUUGGGCCUUAUAUAUUUAUUUUAUCCUUUUGGUCGGUUACUCGUUUAUAGUACACCACAACAUUUUCGUAAUAAAAGAGUACAAUCUUUUUUCUUAUCUUCCAUUUUUGUAGAAAUGGCAACUUCAAUACCUAACAGUGGGUUGAAAAUUUCAUCUUGAUUCACAUUACAUCUAACUCUGGAACAGAGCUGAACAUUGUUUUUUGAUCUUUGUAAUGUGUAGUUUUUCUUCUUCUUUUUUUGCUAAAACAAAUAUUGAAAUAAAAGCUUGUGCCAAUAAAAGUGCAUAACAUUUGUUAAUGAAUGUAAGAGAUGUUAACAUAAUAAAUGUGAAUGUUGCUUGGGAAUGAAACAAAGGUAGAGAAGUCUUGAGAUCGUUUGGUAGGCAUGUCUUUUAUCCUCAUCAUAUCACUCAUUAUCCCUGUUUAUUCUUCUUUCUUUCUUUCUCUAACUUUUGUUCUUUUUGUUUAUUUUCCCGAUUCAAUAAUAACAAAGGAGUUAUUUUCUACUGAACCAGUGUGAUCCACACACUGAGAAAAACAAUUAAAUCUGACUUUUAAUUUAAGUAGAUCACAGAAAAAACGAGGAGCGAGCUAAAGUCAACGGGAAGAUACUCAGUUGUAGUGAGCACCGUUUACGGCACUUUGUGCAUUGAAGUGGUUUUAAUUAAAUGACAAGUAAUCAAUUUUGAUAAGAAACAUAUGCAAGUAGUAGUGCUUGAGGUGUGGUGGAAGCUAUACGCCAUCUUCAUAAAUCAUUUCAGUUGUAAUAUACUAGUAGUAUUUUUUUUAAAAAAGAAAGAGAGAAAUGAUGGUGUAGCAUUGCAUGCUCUGGGACAAGAAAGAAAGAAAGAAAGAAAGGAUCCCUUCUCUUCUACUCCAUCCGCUUUGCAGCUUCCAUAUAGUAUUAUUAUUUGAUUCAAAAAAAAAAAAAAUCUGAUUCUAUGAUCAUAAGCGUGACCGGUUUAAGAUUAUUAAUUUUUGAAAGAAAAAGAAAAAAAGUAGACAAAAGUGUUAAAGGCGAGGAGAAGAUUGUCCCCAGGACUUGAGAGAGAGAAGUCAUAAAGCCUCGUCUCCGGAGCUUACGCCGUUUACAGCACAUUCUCUUUAUCUCUCUCUCUCUCUGCCUUUUUUUCCAAAUUCUCUCAGCUCUCUCUCCCCGCUAGUAAAGCUUCUUCAAAUUUUUAAUAACAGAAACAACUUUGGAUUCGGCCAUCACCUUCCCUUUUAUUCUCAAGCUGCUGCUUUUGUUUUUCCUCUUCCUCCUUUGUUCAAACUCUCCCUCUUCCUCUGGGAUUAUUAUCAUCAGUUCACUGAAAC